UGGGCGUGAGCAGCUGGCGCGUCGCCCUCCGCAGCCGAAACGCACCAUGCUCCGAAGUCCCUGCCGCCGCCUCCUCGGGGCCUCCGUAGGCCCCGCCGCGGCCCUGGCGGCGGCGCUGCUCUCGUCGCUUGCCGGAUGCUCUCUCCUAGAGCCACUGGACUCGGUGGCUUCGGUGCUCAGCCCCUACUUCGGCACCAAGACUCGCUAUGAGGAUGUCAACCCUGGACUGCUGUCGGGCCCCGGGGCGCCGUGGAGGGACCCGGAGCUGCUGGAGGGGGCCUGCACCCCGGUGCAGCUGGUCGCCCUCAUUCGGCACGGCACCCGCUACCCUACGGCCAAACAGAUCCGCAAGCUGAGGAAGCUGCACGAACUACUGCAGGCUCGCAGGCCCAGGGAUGACAGGGCCGGGAUCGCCGGUGGCCGCGACCUGGGUGCCGUGCUGGCCGACUGGCCUUUGUGGUACGCGGACUGGAUGGACGGGCAGCUAGUGGAGAAGGGCCGGCAGGACAUGCGACAGCUCGCGUUGCGUCUGGCCUCGCUCUUCCCGACCCUUUUCAGCCGGGAGAACUUUGGCUGCCUGCAGCUCAUCUCUAGCUCCAAGCACCGCUGCGUGGAUAGCAGCACCGCCUUCCUGCAGGGGCUGUGGCAGCACUACCAUCCUGGGUUGCCGCCGCCCGAUGUCGAAGAUAUGGAGUGUGAACCUCCAAGGAUUAAUGAUAAGCUAAUGAGAUUCUUUGAUCACUGUGCGAAGUUUUUACAUGAAGUGGAAAGGAAUGCUACAGCUCUUUAUCAUGUGGAAGCCUUCAAAACUGGACCAGAAAUGCAGAAGAUUUUAAAAAAAGUUGCAGCUACUUUGCAAGUCCCAGUAACUGAUUUAAAUGCAGAUUUAAUUCAGGUAGCUUUUUUUACCUGCUCAUUUGACCUGGCAAUUAAAGGUAUUAAAUCUCCUUGGUGUGAUGUUUUUGACAUAGAUGAUGCAAAGGCGUUAGAAUAUUUAAAUGAUCUGAAACAAUAUUGGAAAAGAGGAUAUGGAUAUACUAUUAAUAGUCGAUCCAGCUGCACCCUGUUUCAGAAUAUCUUUCAGCACUUGGACAAAGCAGUUGAACAGACACAACGGUCUCAGCCAGUUUCUUCUCCAGUCAUCCUCCAGUUUGGUCAUGCAGAGACCCUUCUUCCACUGCUUUCUCUCAUGGGCUACUUCAAAGACAAGGAUCCCCUAACAGCUUACAAUUACAAGGAACAAAUGCAUCGGAAGUUCCGCAGUGGUCACAUUGUACCUUAUGCCUCGAACCUAAUAUUUGUGCUUUACCAUUGUGAAAAUGCUAAGACUCCUAAAGAAAAAUUCCGAGUGCAGUUGUUAUUAAACGAAAAGGUGUUACCCUUGGCUCACUCGCAAAAAACUGUUUCAUUGUAUGAGGACCUGAAGAACUACUACAAAGAUAUCCUUCAGAGUUGUCACACCAGUGAAGAGUGUGAAUUAGCAAAGGUUAACAGUACAUCUGAUGAGCUUUGAGUAACUGGAGAAAUUUAAUUCAUCAGGAAUCUGUCGGGAGCGAUUAUAUGCUUGUAAUAGGUGGACAAUCCC